AUAAGAAAAACCAGGAAACCGACAAACACAGGUAGCAGUUUAUGUUCUGUUCUGUGUCCACAUCUGUUGCAACUUGUUGUGUGUACUGUCAACUGUGUGUACUGUACCAAUAUCAAGAGGCACAGUUAUUGAGCAAAGUCAUGGGAAGGUUGUUUGUGAUCAAUCUUGAAGGGAAGAUCUAUAGCUGCAAACACUGCCGCACCCACCUUGCCAUAUCUGAAGACAUCAUCUCCAAGGCCUUCCAUUCCAGACAUGGGAAAGCUUAUCUUUUCAACAAGGUUGUGAAUGUUUCUGUUGGAGAAAAAGAGGAGAGGACGAUGAUAACUGGAUUGCAUACUGUGGCUGACAUAUUCUGUGUUGGUUGCGGAUCAAUCCUUGGUUGGAAAUAUGAGAUUGCUCAUGAGAAAAACCAGAAGUACAAGGAAGGAAAAUCGGUGCUCGAGCGGUACAAGAUUUCAGGUCCUGAUGGAAGCAAUUAUUGGAUUACUCAUGAAGCUCAUGCUGGUGGAAGUGACGCUGAUGAUGCUUAAUCACCCUGACCCUGCCAUUCCCAUUUGUAUAUUACUUAACUUGGGAACGUAUCAUCUCAUGGGAAAUUUUCAUAUGACUUGGUUAUAUGAGAUCUUCUAACAUGUGUUUUCUGAGUCUCACUUUCUAAAUUGAUAGUGAAAGAUCACAUAUCAUAAAGUUAUAUGAAGUUUUCGCAUGAUAUGGUUCAUUUUCUCUUAACCAUGGGUUCAACGAAUGUGGAUUUACACUUGCAUUUUAAGUAUAUCUAUCUUAUUAUUGACUCUAAUCUUAGAAAAAAAGGAAGAUGAAAUUUCUAA